GCUGUGCGAGUGACGUUUCCAGAUAAAUUCCAAAAACAUUUCCUUUUCAUCAAGAUCAGAUUUUGAUUUCAAAAUGACCAAUGUGACGACCACAAUUCAGCGGAUAAAUUUUCAUUUCAAGGUGACCAAUGUGAGCAAGCUGGAAGCAGCCUUUUCGCCAGAAAUGACCGUACAAGGAAUCCCGUGGAAAGUUCGAGUUUGUAAGAAAACAAAUGACAAAGUUAUGGGAUAAUUUGAUGGACAUUGGAAAGGGUUAUGUGAAGGACGAUGCAAUAGUACUGAAUGUCGAAAUCGAGGCAGCUGACCCAAACGAAAUAAACCAGACCCACAUGCUUUGUGCCAAUGUUGACAAAUGCUGCGAUGAACUCUGUUGGUCAACACACCGAUUAACCAUUGGAAACAUCAGUAAUUUGAUGGCCGUUCGAUCGCAACAGUUCCAAAUUCGAAACCUUCCAUUCCGAUUCAUUGUCUUGAAGGAUGGCAUGAAAAAUCUCGGCUUUGACCUGCAUUCCGAAUGGAAUUCGAAUGCCUCGUGUAAAAUUCAAAUGACUGUGAAACUGAUUUCGUCACGUGCCGACAAAAAGAUCGAACAGGUUCGGAACCGAACUAUUCCCUCGUUUGGGGUGCUCGGUGUCUCAAAUAUUAUAUCAUGGAAAGAACUGACGCUGCCACAAAAUGGAUUCAUCCAAAAUGACGUCAUUUUCAUCGAGGUUGAUAUCAAAGCCUCCCGACCAGACGGUUUCCAUCCAAACGAUGAGAGAAAUUCAACGCCCGACGUGAAGCGGGCAAAAAUGGAAUGUCCGAUCUGUUUUGAGAGUUUCCACCAAAAGAAAAUCUCAUUUGUUCCGUGCGGUCAUAUUUUUUGUACAGCCUGCAUCACCAAGGUCAUCGAAACAAACAACAAAUGUCCGACGUGCAGCAAGAUGGUCAAGCUGGACGAGGUGCGGUUGGCUUACUUGCCCAUCUCCGAGUGGGUCUAAUGCAACGAUAUCAACCUAAAUUCUUGCAGACAGAAUUCUCUAAGAUGCUCUUAGAGACUCAGCAAUAAAACAUUGAUUGAACUUGAAUUAACCAUUAGUAUAAGCAUAUAACUAACCUCAUCUACCAACGAAUUAAUUAGCUGUAAGUGC